CACGUCUGAGCGCGCGGUUCGUGUUCACCUGUAACCGAGUAGGAAUAAGCUAUCGAACGAAUGUGUAGGUAUUUUUGUCGAUGAUUGGUUUUGUAAUUCAACGACCGUGAUUCCGUGUUUUUCUCUUACGGAUCAGACGUUGGCCAGCAUCGUAUCAAGAUCGAAGAAGCUCCGGGACGAUCGAUUUACCGCUCCUCCGGCGGCAGUGCCAUGCGACCAGACUGGUCAUCGGCGGCGCUCCGCGUGACACUGGUCGUGACGUUAAUUUUCGACAAUGCGUGUGCGUCAAAAAAACAAAAACGUCAGCUGUUCCGUGAGAAUGUGUUGCCAUUUUUUGGUGGUAAAAUACCAGAUUCUGCGUUUCAUGCAGACCGCUUGGCACUAAAUAUGUUAAAUAAAGAAGGAAUAUCUGUGCCGGAUGGUAUUCUAUUCGAAGCCAGACCCAAAGAAUCGUUCCACCAAAGUCAACGGAAUGAUCCGGAACUACUCAACUCAAUAGUCAAAAUGAUCCAUACGCCAGACGGCAGGUUUGUACCUUCAGAAGGCAGAUACGAGGCUGAAAAUGAAGUUGAGUCCACGUACAGGAUCUUGAUACCUUCAAAUACGAAUAAUUAUCAUCUACCUAGGUUUAGACCGGUACCAGAAACACUACAGCUGUCUGUUCAGCAUGUUUUUGAGAGUAAUCGGUUGUCAAUAGCACCUAUUAUGGGACAAAUGGGUGUUCCAUUAUACCCUAUGUUGCAGAGUUGGAAUUUACAUGAUGCUCAACGGCCCUACAUUGACCAAUUCAAUCACAAUGUCAAUCAAAUCAUAGAUGUUCAAUCAGACGUUAACAAUAUGCAUUUGACGGGCUUUGUGUGCGAUAGAUCGGGAAAAAUAUAUCCAGAUCCAGAAACGCAAUGUCAGGUUUUUCACUUAUGCCAUUACAAUGGAUUCAGAGAGACGUUCUUUUGUCCACAAGGAACCAGAUAUGAUUCAUCAUUACACGAAUGUAGACUUUGGUACUUGACUCCCUGUUUAGAUAUGCGUAGGCCCUAUUAAGCCUAUUAUUUCAAUUUUAUUAAGUCAAUUGUCAAUAUGAAAAUAAUUUAUUAUAUAUUUUGUUUUCAAUUUUUUUCAUUAAGUUUGCAAACAAUAUUCCUGAAUGCAUCUAAUGUAUUAUAAAAUAUUAUUUUUAAGUACAAUUAAUUUAAUUCAUACAAAAAUAGAUUUAAUUGUGUAUCAGAUGCCACAAAUUA